GGCACCGUCGGCGAAUCUCGGGCUCGGCUCGCGGUCGUGUCCCUCGACCCGUUCCUGCGCCGUGUAUGAAUAUCUCGCGUUUAGUUUAGUGUCUAGCGCAGGUUACGGUCCGACCGACGGACCGGGAUAUUACACGACGUGCGCGAUAUCGCGACAAGUGUCGACGGCUCGGUUCAGAGUGAUACAUAUACGAGGGCACGGAAGGAGGAGACCGCCGACGGUUUCUCCCGUCCCACGGCGCCAAUUUAAUGGAUCCGACCAUCGGUUGGUACCAACCGGAGCAGUACGGCCCCGCUAAGAACCUGUGGAUGCACAUCUGGGAGGUGGAGAAGGGCAUCGACGUACUGACCCUGCGUAACGACGCGAACACUGCGAUGGGCGUGCGGCUGCAGCAGGACUUUCUCGCGCUGGACACGAGCCCGGCGGCGGCUACGACCACGGCCGGCACCACGCCGUCAUCCAACACCGGCACCGCCGGCACCACCACGGGCUUAGGCUUGGGUAAUAAUAACGGCGGCGGCUGCAGCAGUAGCAGCAGCAGCAACAGCAGCAACAACAACGGCAAUGCCAACGGCGGCAAUGUCAGCAACGGUAACAACGGCCGCGCCGCCGUUCACGGCAAUGCCGCCGGCAACGGCGAACAGCAUCGCGUACCCCACAACGCCUGCAAUAAUUACUACAAUCCGUCGCGCAGGAAAAGCGAUAAUCGCGCGAGCACCUACGGCAUGAAUUACAAUUACGAAGCCCUCGUGGGCGAGUACGGUGGCUGUCCCUGGCGUGUGCCGAAUAAGCAAUACUCCAGGGGAGUGAUCGGAUUACAUGAAGAAAUAGAAGAUUUUUUUGCAUACAUGUGUCCCUCUCACGAAGAGCACGUUUUAAGAAUAAGAGUUGUAAAAAGAAUAGAACAAGUAAUUUAUGAUCUCUGGCCAGACUCUAAAGUCGAGGUGUUUGGCAGUUUUCGUACUGGUUUAUAUUUGCCUACAAGUGACAUAGACUUGGUAGUAAUAGGGAUGUGGACAAAUCUUCCAUUACGUACUUUGGAACGUGCUUUACUAGAUCAAAAUAUCGCUGAGCCAUCAUCUAUUAAAGUGUUGGACAAGGCCAGUGUGCCGAUCGUCAAACUGACCGACAAAGAAAGCGAGAUUAAAGUGGACAUCAGUUUUAACAUGAACAAUGGUGUCAAAUCUGCAGAGUUAAUAAACUCCUUUAAGAGGCGAUAUCCAGUGCUAGAGAAACUAGUCAUGGUGCUGAAACAAUUCCUACUACAGAGAGAUCUUAACGAAGUGUUUACCGGUGGUAUAUCCUCCUAUAGUCUAAUACUCAUGACCAUUAGUUUUUUACAAAUGCAUCCAAGAAAAAAAGCUUCUUGUUCAGAUGCCAAUCUAGGGGUGCUGUUGAUUGAAUUUCUAGAACUAUAUGGCAGAAAUUUCAAUUAUGUUAACACUGGUAUUCGUGUAAAGGAUGGUGGUACUUACAUAUCUAAAGAGGAGGUUCAACGAGACAUGAUAGAUGGCCAUCGACCAUCCUUGUUGUGUAUAGAAGAUCCACUGACACCCGGAAAUGAUAUUGGCCGUAGUAGUUACGGCGCUUUAUAUGUAAAAGAUGCAUUUGAUUGGGCCUAUUUUGUUCUUACUCAAGCAGUUAAUCCCUUAAAUAUCUUAGCCAAUGACGCCAGUAAAGUAAGCAUUCUAGGAAGAAUAAUCCGCGUGACCGACGAAGUAAUAGAUUACCGUAGAUGGAUCAAAGAAACAUUCCCACUACCUGUAAGUGAAGGAGAUUCUCUGUCAAGCUCAACUGGUUCUGAUGCAUCUACCCUUUCAGCUCCUGCCAGUGAUACAGAUUCCGAGUGCAGUCGUGGCAAUUCUCCGAACACUGGCGGAAAAAACGAUAAUGAUAAAAAUAAAGAUAGGCACAUUUAUAAUAGUCAAAUUCAUCCUUAUCCGGGAAAGAAAACCUUCAAGGGAAUCACUCAUGCUCAUCACCAACAGAAUUUCAAAGGCAGUUAUCAUAUCAACAACAAUAUAGCUGGUCAAAACAAAAUUAAGCACGCACUUCACAAUAACGGAAACAAUAAUAACAAUAACAAUAAUACUAGUCACAGUCCGAAUUCUAGACCAAACAUAAUGAAGAGCAAGAAACAGCGUAUGAUGCAGCGAACAGGUGAUUGUGUACGGUGAUGAAACAUAUAUGAUAAUUUUGGACAUUACUUCCGUCACUUAAGUAGCGAGCUCAAUAUCAUAACUGUGUGAUAGAAAGACAGCGAUUAACGUCGAUCACAUUACAACUGAAUCAUCCUAUACGAUUCUCUUCUCUUUUUUAUUAUUUUCAAUUAAAUAUACAGAAGGGCACAAAAAAUAUUUACAAUUCUAAACGAACUUACAGUUUGGUAAUUUUACAAUUCUUGUACAAGACAAGAAUGCCCAAGCAAAAAAUGGCUAUACAUAUAUACAUAUAUAUAUAUACAUAUUUAUUUUUUUUUUCCAAUUUGCCAGAAUCACUUUUCAUUGUACGCAAAAAUUUAUGUAUCAAAGACGUACAGAAUUUCUAAUCGCGAAUCGAGAUAGGAUUUGUUUAUAUUUCACUUUUAUUGUACAGGCUGUACCUGUGUAAUGUUUUAUGAAUUAUUGUUUAAAAAAUCAGAAAGUUAUUAUUGCCAUUGUUAAAUAGCAAUUGCGUGUUCAGCCAUGAUGAGUAAUAUAUCAUAAUACAUUUAUAGUACGAAUGGGAGGGUGUGUAUAUAUAUACACACACACACACACACACAUAUAUAUAUACACACACACAUACAUACACACACGAAUAUGAGUUGUACAUUUUUCUCUCGGGAACCUUAAUAGAUAAAACUAUAAAAUACGUGCUGAUAGUGACAACAGAAACUUAGUUUUCUAUAUGGAACUAUAUUCUUAUAACAAGAGUGACAGCGAAUUUGUGAUGAUAUUGGGAUUUAUCUAAUGUACAUAUUGUAAUAUAUAUA